AUGUGGUGUACGUGGCCACCUGUAACCCCGUGUCUCUGUUCUCGAUGAAGGAGCGCGGCGACACCAUCCAGAGCAUCGAGCUUUACGACGUGUUCCCGCGGACCAUCAGCGGAUCCUGGCAGCCGUUCAUCACCAUCGCCCCGCUCGGGAGUCCUCUGGACGGACAGGUGGUGCUGCACGAGGAGACCCUGGGCCUGCACAUUAAAGGCAUCGAGGAAAACAGCCGCUCCAAGAGAGAGAACCUCUUCAAGCCGGAUGAGUCCAUCGUCCAGAUCAACGACACGCAGCUGCAGGACAAAACCUUCGCUCAGGCACAGGAAGUGUUCCGCCAGGCCAUGACGUCGUCCUCCCCCGUGCGUCUGGAGGUCCUCCCCCUGGCCAACAAGCCACGCUACGAGAAGAGCCUGAUAGGUCAGCUGUUCACCGGCGACGCCAAAGACGCCCCGGACAAAUUAAAGAGUCCGAUGUUGCUCCGCGCUAAAACCGACUCCAAGUCAGAACCCAAAAGAGACGCCAAACCCAACACCAACCCGGGGGUGCGGCGAGCCGACGCACGGACCAGGGCCCCGGAGACUCAUGUGGCGAACCCCCCUGCGGAGCUCCGUCGUGGGCCCGGCUCCCUGGAGAGAGGCUCUUCUUCACCUUCUUCCAGGGCAGAGAGCUCCUCCCCUCCCAGGACCAGAAGCCAGAGCCCCCAGAGCAACAGGAGCCCCCUGCCCGGCCUGGGAAACCUCACCGGCAGGAAGGGCGGAAAGAAGUUAAAAAUUGACCUGAAGAAAGGCACCGAGGGUCUGGGCUUCACCGUGGUAACCCGGGACUCGUCUGUCCACGGGCCGGGACCCAUCCUGGUGAAGAACAUCCUGCAGCGCGGAGCAGCUGUCAAAGAUGGCCGCCUGCAGCCCGGAGACCGCAUCCUGGAGGUAAGACUGAAAUGUUGA